UUGGAGUGCCAGUCUUGUCAGAUUGGUGAAGGGAAAUUCCAUUGUUUGACAUGCAGUGGGGAUCAGACAUUUUGUCAUCCUUGCAUUGUCAAAACCCACCAACAUUUGCCCUUUCACAAGGUUCAACAGUGGACUGGAAAAUGCUUUGAAGACAAGUCGCUCGAAGAAUUGGGUAUUGUCUGGUAUAUGGGCCAUGGGGGGCAACCAUGUCCAUUUUCUGAAGACCCACAGGCAUGGGAGGAUAUGCCAUUGGAUGCAGAGGCUGGGUCUGUGCCAAUGGAGACCUUUUCCAGUUCAACUACGACAUCCACCCUGACCAUCAUACAUUCAACUGGAGUGUUUUUGCACAAUGUUGUUUGGUGUGGUUGUCCUGGGUCUAAGCAUCAGCAGCAUCUGCAGUUGCUGAAGGCCAGGUUAUUUCCUGCAAGCGUCACUCGACCCCGAACUGCCUUCACUUUUGAAGUCUUAGAUCAUUUUCUAAUUGAUGCACUGGAGUGCAAGACUUCAGCAUCAAGCUUCUUUGAGAAAAUUCGACGAAUGACCAAUCACUCAUUCCCUGGUACUGUUCCUGUGAGAGCAUAUAGUUAUUCUUUUCAACAGUUGGACUGA